GGAUUAUGCGAAAGCAAGGUCAGGGAUUCGGGAAUGAGAUAAAGGAGCCUUUCUUCGCUUUGUUUUUAUUGUCUGCAACCACACAGACUGUACGUCUGCGUCCACCAAAAAGGACCGGACUUUGGUUGGUUUCUUUGAUAUCUUCGUGAAUUGCGUGCCCUGAAAGACCCAUUUUCGUAAUCCAAUACCUGGAAAAUCUACGCAAGAAAAGGCAUUACAAACUGAUCAAGAGAACAGACCCUCCUCCAAAAAGAAAAGCAAAGCAAAACAAGCUUAAUAUCUGUCAGACUAGAAGGUCUUACUCUCAGUCGAAGACGUACUAAUGGCAGAAAAAGAAGAAGAAGAAGAAGAAGAACGAGAACUAGGACCUCUAGAAGAAGAUGGAGAAGGAGAAGAAGACCAAGAAGAGGAAAUGAAGAAGCUUGUGCGUGGAUACCUGGGGCUGAGCUUCUCGGUGUCUUUGGCAUUGCUUCCCAAGAACUCAAUAUGUCUAGUACCAGCCCUAAAAACCCAAGUCCGGGAACUCUCUUUGAGACUCCUUCAAGCGGAGGAGCAGAUGAGGCAGAUGAAGUCCCGGAGAAAGGAGGACUCCAAGGCCAACGCCCGGGUGGUGGAGAUCUUCGCGAGCCACCGGAACGCUUGGCAGUCGGAGGAGAGGCGGCUGCUGCAGGGGAUCGAGGAGCUGAGGGAGAGGAUGGCAGAGCUAGAGAAGAGGGAGGCGGAGUACAGGGCGCGCGUGGAGGAGCUUGAGAGAGAGGUGGGCGAGAGGGACGAGAUGAUUAGUUUCAUGUCCAGGACCAGCGCGGCUGCCCAAGAGUUUGGGGAUGAAGAAGAAGAGAGUGCGGCUGAAGUGAGCUUUGCUUAUGCUGGUCCGGAGCCACAAGAUCAUCUUAAUCAGCAUCAGCAGAAUGGGUUUGAUUCCGAGUUGUUGGCGUCCUCGGCUUCCAAGUUUUGGGCGGAAAGACCUAAUCUCUGCCAGGGUGUACAGUAUGAAUCCCUCGAAUCAUUGUAUCAUAUGAAGCAUUUUGUACCAAGAAGGGAAUCCCCUUGGAAGGUAGAUGGUGAAUCCACAGGAGUUUCCUCUAAACUAAAGUUACUUGAACAGGAACUACUGAAUUUAGUAAAAGUUGGUAAGAGUGAUCUAUCAAAAGUACCAUCACUAAUGAGGAAGCAGGCAAAGAGAUGCCAAGCUCUUUCGGAGAAGAUUGAUGAUCUAUGCAGAAGAAUGCAGGCUAGUGAUCCCUGUGAACCAACCCUUAGUCCAGAGUUUCGAACGCAGAGGCAAACAGAGUUUCUACUCGAGGCAUUUCGACUUCAGCAACGUGCAUCAGAAACUGGACAGAAGCUCAUGGCAUUACAAACUGAAGUUGCGAAGAGUUAUUAUGGGGAUGAGGUGGGGAGCCAGGCCAAACUGACCACAAGGAGAUCUUUGGACUCGAUCAUGAACAACUUAAAGGAAAUCCAGAGGAAUUUGGAGAUAUGGUUGGCCAGAAUUAUAGGAGAUCUUGAAGGGAUUCUUGCUAGAGAUGGUGCUUCUCGUGUAAGGGAUUAUUAUAUUUCAAGGUAUCCUUUCGUUCAAUAGAAUAUCGGAUAUCCAACCCAUCUCGAUCCAAACAAAGAUAUAUCCUCUUUUGGUCUCAAACUGUUCUAAGCCGUAGUGGCAGUUAGAUGUCUCAUGUAAAUGAACUUUCCACUUUGUUUAUGAUAGCAUCUUAACCUA